AUGGCAAGUGUCAACAUGGAAAAGGAAGGCCUUAUCAAGCAGCUGGAAUUUUUCAAGGAGAAAUGUAUGCUGAUAUUCUGUUCGACAUUCAUAGUGCUUCCAUACUGUUCAAAAUUGUGUACUCAAUUAUUAUUCUGCACAACGAAAUUCUAUGGCACAGGGGUGAACAAAAAGAUGGCGGCAGCAAGCAAACGAGCCGGCUGCCAAGAACUUCAAAUAUGGGUGCAGGCAACCACCAACCACCUCUACUAUUCGGCCAAGGCUGGGGCGGGCAACAGGAAACUGACUGCCGACGUGUGGCUCAGUCUCCAGAACCAUGCCAUCAACAAACACGCGGGCCAUGGCGGCAGCUAUCCUAGGUGUCUGCACAAUGAGAUACCAGAGAGAGCUCAUGACUACCUAAAAAAAAUCCCCGUGGACAAGCGGCUCCUGAAGGACGUCGGCCAGAUGUCUCCCCAUGGCCAGACGUACGUCCUUGAGGCGUUCCAGAGUGUCCUCAUCAAUGUCGCCUCAAAGUCCCAGGCAUUCCCUCCGGCUGGCAUGCUCGAAAGGUAA